UUGCAGUGUUUCUAAAACGUGUUUGGCCCGUGGACCACUCGGCCGAAGCAAACUUUUACGUGGACCACCCAGCCUCACACUCCUGGAACCGUUAUCAUGGGGAAGAGGAAGGCCGACCUGGGCCGGGCGCUCCGGGCACGGCUCAAGGCGCGCAUGGAGAGGUCCUCGGGCUACGACUCGACGUGGGACACGAGCGACGAGGACGAGGCCGCGCAGCAGACGGACUCGAGGCCAAAGAAGGCGGAGAGAACCUUGUGUGGGAGAAGCGUGUUUGCAGCAAAGGAUCUGCAGCGGUAUCGACGUAACUAUCCGGGCACACAAGAUGACAUCCCUGCUGGAAGGAUGAUGAACUAUAAAUUUUAUCUGAACCAGUUGAGGUGCAAGCCUGGCAGCAUGCUGAUCGAGGAGAUACUCACCGACUGGUUUUCUGACUACGAGCAGCUGGAAUGGAACCACUCGUACAUCCAGUGGCUUUUCCCGAUAAGGGAGCAGGGCAUGAACCCCUAUGCAGCAGUAUUGACCAAGGAAGAGAUUGAGAAAUUCAAGGAGUCAAAGGAGGUUCAGGGCCGGCUGAUGCGGGCCUACCGCAUGAUGCUGGAUUUUUAUGGGAUCAUGCUCGUGAAUGAGGAGACUGGGGAAGUGGCGCGUACGGGCAACUGGAGGACGCGGUUUCUCAACCUGAACAGCCACACGCACAACAACCUGCGGCUGACGCGCAUCCUCAAGAGUCUGGGGGAGCUGGGUCUGGAGAGGAUGAAGGCACCGCUCGUGCGGUUCUUCCUGGAGGAGACGCUGUGCAACAAGCAGCUGCCGCGCGUGAAGCAGAGCUGCCUCGAAUACUUCGUGUUCACCCUCCGCACGAAGAAGGAGCGUCGAGAGCUGCUGCUCUUCGCCCGGAAGCACUACCCGCAGCCCGACGACUUCCCGUGGGGGCCGCCCGCGCACAAGCUGCCCGGCUUCAGGAAGCCGGCGGCAGAGCAGCAACAGCAGGAGCAGCAGCAGGAGCAGCAGCAGUGCGUAGCAGCGCCAGAGAGCGGUGGGAACGGCUCGUCCGAGCAGAAGGAACAGAAACACGACGUCGGCGCGGGCUCGGAGAUGGACGAAAGCCACGACGAUUGGAAAAUGGAUGGCGACGAAGGGAAGUCGUCGCCACUUGGCGACGACCCCAGGCCCGAUCCCACGCGGCCCGCGGAGUGGAGCGACGGUCCUCACGUCGCCACAGCGAGCAGCUCGACGUGUGCCGCUCACAAGGCAGAGCGGACGAAGACCGACGCGGCCACGUCGACGGAGGAAGAAGGGGAAUACAGAAGUGUGCUCACAGGCGCCUGGCGAUGCGACAAGACCGUGACGCCGUGGCGAGGAGAGGGAGCGGCGACGGCGGUGAUUGCGUCGCCGGCCCCAGACGGCACCGCCACCGCCGGGAAGCUGCGUGCGGUCGUGGUGUCGCACACGACACGUCUGCAGGAAGUAUCAUCCGGCGCUGAGAAAGGUUCGCCACGGAGCGGUGGGCGCAUGGGCAGCGCUUUGCAUGCGGCCAGAAGCCCGGCUGAGAAGAGCGUGUAGAACGAACAGUCGUGUAGCAGGAAGGAAAUCGGUGAAGUUUUCGUUAAGCUUCACCUAGUGGUAACUGAGCAACCACUGCCAAACUAUUUCACGUAAGUAUUCUAUUGGUUGUGCAGAGCUCAUGGUUUCAUUUCUCUGCGCUUGCAAUCCCAGUCAAACUACAGAUUCAAGCUCAUAAAGGUUCUUUGCGUAUGAAUGAUGUGCAAUAGUAUGUGUGCGAGAUGAUGGUCUGUUCAUUUUUUUCCUUCCACGUAUCGCCUUCUCGUGACAUUCACCGUCCUUGGUAUCCGGCUAUUGCAAAUAGGUUUUUUAAACAUUUUUAUUUAUAUUUAAAAGUGAAAAGUACGAUGUGUGUCUGCUCAACUUUUUAAGUGUCUGCGUCAUAAGCUAUUUACAAAUAUAUUGUCUUUAUUUAACUAUGGCUAGUGCAGUGGUGAAUGAAACUGACAUAUGUGGACAAGUCUGCAUCAAGAAGUUUAAAAAAGGCAUUGUCUGUGCUCGUUGAGAAUGUAUUUCCGUCUAAUUCAACUAAUACGCUGACGUUAAGCAUUCUCAACAUUGCGACAUGCGGGCGUAAUUGGUACCAUGAGGAGGACAAAAGGACCAUCUCACCACACCUGGCAGACUGGUGGGGUGGUUCAUAAUGGAGUUUUUCCUCCCCCACCAAAAAGCCACGUGUGGUUGAUUAAACAAGGGGGAAUGGCAAAUGUACCAAUGACUGGAUGGAAAUAUUUACACAUAAAAAGUAUGUCGUUGUGCAAACAUGUUUACAGUUGAAUAAAUUAAAUGAAUACAGUUUAACACGUAGGCUUUCGCGACCAGUAUUAUUCAUAAUAAAGGUUUUUGGGUUAGAUCACGUUAAUUAUAAAUGUGUCCGCAACCCACAACCACCCGACACAGCCAAUCAGUAAAAUAAUGUGUCGCGUUGACAAAAGACAAAUAUUUCACUACUUUAGCCCACCGGUGUGUUGAAGAGUGAAGAGAUACACUUAUUGAAUUUUAAAAUCAUCUCAAUGCACAAAACCCAGCCAUUCAGUUCACCGUAGAAAUCGAGGUGAAUAACACACUCCCAUUCCUGGAUAUUUUGCUUGGACGCGGUCAAAAUGGCAAAAUAACGCACAGCGUCUACCGAAAGGGAAUGCACACAGAUGCCUAUCUGAAUGCAGAUUCGCAUCAUCACCCAGCAAAGAAAUCCUCUCUCAUCAAGAUGCUCGUACAUUGGGCAAAGACUGUCAGAUGGUGAAAGUUUAAGGAAAGAGAUUAAACAUGUUAAAGAAGGACUAAGACUGGCUACAAUGCUCAAAUUAACAGCAUUGAAUGCCAAAUCAAGAUCGAACAACAAUACUACUGAAAGUGAUCAGAUUAUCAAUACAAUUAAAAUACCAUAUUUCUCAGGAGUUCAAAAGUAAAACAUUAAAGUAAGAUUUGGUAUGGUCCACAAAAUUCAAAAUCUAGUGUCUUGUACUAAAGAUGAAUUGCCGAAGUUAUCAACAGAAGGUGUAUAUCGGAUUAAUUGCUUAUGCGGUAAGUGUUAUAUUGGACAGACGGAACGUAACAGCGUAAGACUAAAAGAACACCAAAGGAAAAUUAAAUUCUCCCAAACAGCUGUCAGCAGUGGCAGAGCAUGCUUGCCAACAAGGACAUUCAAUUUAUUUUUAUAACGUUGAAGUGUUAUGCAGAACUAAUUAUUUCUUGCCAAGAUUAGAGAAUCAAUUGAAAUUGAGAAUUCUAAUAAUUGUAAUCGCUGUGAUAGCUAUAGACUCAGCGCAGCCUGGAAGCGUAUUAUUAAGUAACUAGGGGUUGUGAGGGGGCGCCUGUGCCGCCCCUCAACCAUUUACGGCCUUUGGCCAGGAAAGUCGCGAAAACAAUUGCACACGAACGACGCAUUCACGCAAGCACCCGAUGCUCCGUUUAGAAGUUUUAAAAUGAAACAUCUUUGAAUUGUAUUGUUUUGAAUGAGAUCAUUGUAUUUCUUCAUUAAAAGCUUAUAUCAUUUUA